AUGAGGCUCGACCCCGCUGUUAUUGAACUUCUACAGCUAGAUGCGCCGAACACAACCGUAACCCGCACGGGUGGUGGCUGUAGCAGCGCGUCCGCCGCCAAAAUCACGACUACACUGGCGGACGGCAGUGAAAAGCGCUUCUUCCUGAAAACAGCAACUGGGGCCGCAGGGAGGGAGAUGGUUCAAGGUGAAGAUGCCUCCCUAAAAGCCAUCCACGCCAUCGUGCCAACCCUCUGCCCCCAAUCUUUCGGCUGGGGCACCCUCACCUCCUCCCCUUCAACCUACUUCAUAGUAGUCGAUUUCCUCGAACCCUCCCGCCCCAAACCAAACCCCGAUCCAUCCCCUUUCCAGCAACUCCCCCACAAGUCCCUUGCGCAAAAGCUAGCGGACCUACACAUAACCCCGGCCCCAAUCCCGGAAGGUUACUCAACGCCCCAAUUCGGAUUCCCCGUCACGACCUGCUGCGGCGACACGCCGCAGGACAACUCAUACAAGUCAUCCUGGGCCGAAUUCUUCGCGGAGAACAGGUUAAAGCUUAUCCUCCAGCGCGCUGAGCGUAGCAAUGGUGCGGACGGCGAAUUGCGGCAGUUGGUGGAAGCGACUGCGUCCCGCGUCGUGCCACGGUUGUUAGGCGAUGGGCAUUUGAAUGGUGGGAAGGGCGUGACGCCUGUGGUUGUGCAUGGGGAUUUGUGGUCUGGGAAUUCGGGGCGGGGUAGUCUGGGUGGGCGAGAGGUUGAAGAGGUGAUAUUUGAUCCGUCUGCGUUUUAUGGACAGAGUGAGUAUGAAUUAGGGAUUAUGAGGAUGUUCGGGGGGUUUGGGGGUGGGUUUCUGCAGGAUUAUCACCGGCUUGUUCCAAAGCUGGAGCCGGUGGAGGAGUAUGAGGAUCGGGUUAGUUUGUAUGAGUUAAUUACAUUUAAGGGGCUCCAAGUGGACCUGCAAAGGAAAGGAGGAAUGUGGAAUCAAAGACUGUCCAGGUCUUCAAAUAUACGAUCUCAUUCAUACUGCCACCAUACCACAAAGACACGAGCGAAGCAAUUCCCUGCAUUGCCCCCUCCAUCAUCAUUGUCAUCAUCAUUAUUAUCCGUACAGCCCCUCACCACCACCACCACCACCACCACCACCACCAACACCACUCACGUCAUCAAUCCCAGACACAAAAUCCCCUUCUCCACUUCUCCCUGCCUCACCAAGCACCACAACUGCAAGCACAACAACAAUAGGCAGAGCUCUCCAACGAAAUCUACACUUACAUCUGCAUCACCAUCUUUCCCACCAUCAACAAACAUGUCCUCCGAUGACGCCUACACAGCCUUCCUCGACAAGGCAAAUGAAGACCCCUCCAAGGGAAUUAAUUCCAGCAAAAAGCAAGAGCAUAUACAAACAACCACAGUGUCCUCUUCCCAGUGCAUCCCAACUGUCCUCAGCGAGGUGGAUAUGUACUACAUCUCCGACGCAGACGAGGCAUUCGAGGGUGUUGCGCUGGACUGGAGCGGGGCGGCGGAGGGACGGUGGCCGACCCCUGACCAAUUCAAAUCCCUCAUCCUCCCAAAUCUAUCCACAGAAGCAGCUAGAGACGUGCAAAUAACCGUCCUUACACCCGCAUCCUUCGAUCCGAAAAACCAAUAUGCUAAAGUCCUGCACGCGGUCAGGACAGCGGUGGCCGGUGGCAAUCCGCGGGAUGCAGACGCUGCGGAGGUGAAGGUGUAUCAGGUGCAGAUGGAUGAGACCAGAGCCGAGUACUGGGUGCUUGGGCUGGAACGUGGGAACGGAAAGGGGAGAAUUGUGGGGCUGAAGGCAAAGGCAGUUGAAAGUUAG